AUGUCUUCCACCAAGAUAGACCCGAGACUCACCAACGUCACCACCAUGAAUUGGCUGACUAUGAAGAGUUGGCUAGACGGCAAGAUUGACAAUCUAGACGUCAAAGUCUCACAUGUCAGGGUAAACAUCGCUUCGGCUCAUCUUGCAGCUGACUAUAUCUUUGAGCGGCUGAAGACGAUAGAGCUUGAGCUGGACAAAUCAACGGAGGAAGCAGACGACAAAGGUAUCUACAUCCACGAUGCCUUGCAAGGAAUGCAAAACGACGUCAAGCAUUUGGAUCCGGAUGAACUCAUUCUGCUGGAAGACUGGGAAGCUGGAGAGUAUGUCACAACGCCGCUGGAACAGAUUCGAGCUAUGCAAAAGGUGAAGAUCGAGAUCGACCGGAGAAUCAAGGACGCAGUGGACCAGAAGGCAAAAGCGGAGAAGGCGGAAGCUGAAAAGGCAGAGGCGGAGAAGGCAGAAGCCGAGAUGGCACAGAAAGAGGUAGGGAAAAGUUCAAAUACGGAGAGAUCAGAAGUAGGGGCAGAGGAGAGUCCAGAGACAGACAAAGCGAAGAAGAGGUCGAGGACCAGGCGACGCAGGAACCCUUGA